UCACGAAACGUCAGUUAGUCAGCAGCAGCAGGCGGCCUGCGCAGCACUUGGCGAUCGCACGAAACUUUCCCCAGCGUUCGGUCGGUCGCAGGAAAAGAUUCGCACGCACGCACGCAACCAGCGGGUCGGUGGCGGACGCUUCGGGUGCACGAAUCCUCGCAGUGUUGUUGCGCGUGCUGCUGGUGGUGAUUUUGUACAGUCGGGCGCGCUCCGUGGCCGCGCGUCGUACGCGCGUGCACAGGCAGUAGUAGUAAUUACGUCGCGUCGCUCGCUGGAAUGUAAAUACGCGGCGGGCACGCGUGGGGUGAGAAGCAGAAGCAGCAGCAGCAGCGGUGAACGCGGCUCCUCUUAUAUCUCCUUCGGUGAGCAGCGGCGGCGGCGGCAUGCCGACGGCGGGUGGCGUGCGCGCCUCCGCGAAGGCGCCGAUGAACAGCGGUGGCGGACGUCGCCACUAAACACAGAAGAGCACAUUGUGCGCCGCUGAUGGCACACGGCCAGAACCACCAGCAGGGCGGCGAGCGGCCGACGAUGGCCACCGCAACACCCACAGCGACAGCAUCAUCCGGUGGCGGCUGCGGUGGCGGCACCAAUGCGCCCAACACCGUUGAGAAUCUGCUGCGCGUUGGCUACUACGAGCUGGAGAAGACCAUCGGCAAGGGCAACUUUGCCGUCGUCAAGCUGGCGACGAACAUCGUCACCAAAACAAAGGUGGCCAUCAAAAUAAUCGACAAGACGGCGUUGGAUGUUGACAACCUGACGAAGAUCGUGCGAGAGACGGAGAAUUUGAAACGACUGCGACAUCCGCAUAUUACACGGCUUUACCAGCUGAUGGAGACGAAGCAUUCGAUCUAUAUUGUUACUGAAUAUGCCAGCAAGGGAGAGAUCUUUGAUCAUUUGGUUGCGACUGGUCGCAUGUCGGAGGUGGAAGCGCGCAGGGUUUUCGCGCAGAUGGUCUCCGCGGUUGGAUAUUGCCAUCGGAAUGGUGUGGUGCAUCGUGACUUGAAGGCUGAGAAUCUUUUACUGGAUCAGAAUAUGAAUAUUAAGCUUGCUGAUUUUGGAUUCAGCAACCAAUACAAAGAAGGUGACUUAUUGUCGACGUGGUGCGGCAGCCCGCCGUACGCAGCCCCAGAACUCUUCAAGGGUUUGAAAUAUGACGGACCAAAGGCAGACAUUUGGAGUUUGGGAGUAGUUUUAUACGUGGUGGUCUGUGGCCACUUGCCAUUCGAUGGCAAAAACCUGCAAGUCCUCCGCAAUGUGGUCAUCGCCGGCAAAUUCCGCAUCCCAUACUUUAUGAGUCAGGAAUGCGAGCAUCUCAUCCGCCACAUGUUGGUUGUGGACCCCGACAAGCGCAUGACGCUCGCAAAUAUCGCGAAACACGAGUGGUUGAAGGGUGAAGAGGUGGUGACCACGCCGCCGGCGGCGCGCGAGCAGCUUUAUAAUAAGACGGUCAUUGAGCACAUGACGCAGCUGCCGGGGCUCACGCAGGAGAUGAUCAUGAAGAGUGUGCAGGCGAAUUCGUUUGAUCAUGUGUACGCCAUCUAUUGCCUGCUCGUGGAUAAGCUGCAUCAGCGGUGUAUUAAUUUCGAGUCAAAAUUGUUGCAGCGACAAACGCACAGCACAUCUACGAAUAUCUCCGUUGCUGGAUCGACGAGUACAGUGAGCAAUCAGAGUAUUGAGUGUAUAGAUGAUCGCAGCGAGGCGUCCAACACGCAUCUUGAUGUGAAUGAAGCGAUGGAGGUGUCGACUGGUUGCGUGCGCAGAGAGAGUUUCAACGAGAAUUGUUUGCGCGCUGUGCGUGAUGAGGUUAAACAGCGCAGGCGUAGUUUCAACGAGGGCGCUGCUGCGCCUUUAAGCAUGAGCAUUACGGCUGGUGGCGGCGGUGUUACGCCAACACCGGCUGUUUCCGAUGAUGUAGCAUCGCCGUUUGUCUCUAUGCCGACCAUACCGGCGGUGUAUCUCGGCGAUGAGAAUUCACAACAACUUGAAAAGUUUGGUGAUCUCGAGAUGGAUAACAGCAUGGACGAAUCAUUCGCUUCGUCGAUGACAUGCCCGACUGCAUCAACCACCGGCUACGGCUCGUAUAACUCAUCGCUGGCGGAUCGCGAACGUGCGUUUCAUUCGAGCGCACGGCGUCAUACCGUUGGCCCCGGUGAUCCUGCGCAUGAGCAGGUGCUGGAGUCGCACUACAUGUCGCAGCUGGCACACGCCAAUCUCAUUCCGCAGCCGAACCUGCUGCUCAAUCUGCCGCUGCUCGGGCAGCACACCUCGCAUACGUACGCUGGCAAAGACCCGCACCUGCUGAAACCGCCGACGGUGCUGAACGCCGCCGGAGGGUUUGGACGUCGAGCGUCAGAUGGCGGCGCUAAUCUACAUCUGCGUGCAAUGGCGGGUGUUUCCGAUCGCGCCACCGGGAGCCAUGAACAGCUCAAUAUGGAUCCGAGCAUGUCCGCGAGCAGUUCCACAACUGCUGGCGGUGUGAGUCUCACCGAACACGCGCAGGUUUACGCCAGCGGUGGUGAUGACCUGUCUGAUCCUUUGGCGGUUGCACGAUAUCGACAAUGUGGCGGUACCAGCCGACGGCAUACAAUGGCGAACCCUGAGGAAGCGCACGCUGCGCGCGGUGAUGCAUCCGGUGGUGCGCGCACGCGCCGUACCGGUCUUCUCAUGGUGAUACCACGACCAGUCGCGUCGCCUGACGUGGUGCGCGAGGUAGUGGCGAGCAUUCAAUCCUGCAAGUUCAAGCCGGUCGUGGCGCGCAAGCUUUCGAGGCAUCGGCGUGAUGGCGGUGCCAAACCGCAUUUGCCCACCGUACAAGAAUCCGGUCGUGAACCAAAGAGUAUGGAGAGAUUCUCGCCGGUGCGCAGAGGCAGCGAAGGUUCCGCUGGAAAUUCACGUACGUUAUCCCCGGCGACUGCGCAACAGGAAUGUCAACGUUUACAGCGAGGUUUAGCGGGUUUAAGCACUCGCAACAGCCCACCAAGAUCCAUACCAGGUUCGCCUAUACAUCAGUCAAUGCUGGGCGAGCAGCAGGUACAAACACAAACGUCACCAUUGCAUCAUCAGUACGAUGGCGGCGCAUGCUCAUCACGUGAUGAUUAUGCAUAUAGUCCUAUGCAUAGCCCGUAUGGUGGCAGCGCUGGCGGUUCCCCGAAACACGCCCCGCACUACUACAACAUCUACUCAGGUAGCACUUCGCCAAUCAUGGCGAUGAAUUCCCCCGUCUACCACAUGCCCACGGUGUCCUCCAUCACCCAAGGCCUCUCCGGCUUGAACACGUGCGGCUCCACUGGGCCGAGCAUCACGCAAGGCACCGGCUUCCAGCAGCAGCAGCCGCAGCAGUCGCCAUCGACGGCGCCACCAGCGCCCGUCGACGACCUGCAGGCCUCCUAUCACGCCGCCUGCCUGCAAGCGCUCAGCUUCCAGAAUCUGCCGACGUUCUCGCAUCACAUCCUCAACAUUCACAACCAUCGCUCGCAGACGAACUCGCCCAUUUCGAAUCCGAGCAGUCCGGGCCUGGACAUGAUUCAGGAAGAGCUUCCACAGUCGACUGCCGCCGCCGCCGGCGGGAUUAUAUGCGUAGGGGCGGCGGGGACGCCGCAUCCGCAGAUUAGCGUCACGUGUACGGAUGUACAGGGUAGUGAGGUGACGCUGAUUGCUAGUACAGACACAUCGGAGGAUUCCAUGGAUAGUUUAGAGAAUAUCCGCACGAAUAAAACGCUGCCGUCGUUUGUCAUCAGCCGCCCGCUAGAUGGCCCUUCUAUAACCAAAGGCAUCGGACGUAAAUCAUCAUGUGAGAAUGCAGACGCAUGCGCAUUUCCCCCCACCGCUGGUUUUGACCAACGGCGUAACUCUGAUAAGUCUUGUUAUUCAGAAGAUUCAUUAUCGAAUGAUUCCCUAAGUCCAGGUUCAUCCAGCGCCGCGCAUGAUUUAGAUACGAGUUCACACAGCGGCGGUGGCAGCAGUACAGGCGGCGGCGGUAAUUUCCCGCAGGUGCAGAACGAUUUUGAGGUGGAUUUGUCGGAGGUAUGCUCGCGCUUGGCCAGCUGCGAUAUCCUCGACAUGGUGAGCCACAUUGGCAACCGACUGGAGGCGACAACCCGUGUUGCAGCCGAACAACCAUCCCCACCGGAUAAAAUCAGUCUGUGUUUCGAUGGCGGCGUGGAAAUUGAGCUGAAGAUUGUCGACAAGGCGGCGCCGCCGCUCAAGGGGCUGAAACUGCGCCGCGUCUCGGGCGACUACUACGUCUACCAUCAGCUGUGCCAGCGCCUCAUCAACUGCAUGAUGUCGUAGCGGCGCGGCGGCGGACUUAUACAUUGUGAUAAAUUGUGAUUCAAUACCUAAACUAGUGUGGGCGCGGCGGCACGGCACGGCGGAGAGAGAUGCGAGGAGGACAUUCGGAUGCGAACAGACCUUAGGUUAAUGAUGAGAAUAGCUAAUUAAAAUUGUAAUUAUUCCUCUCUUUUACAUUCCGUACGACUUGCGAGGCGGGCGGCUCUGGCCCAGCCGACCAAGAGAAUUGAUUGCUUCCUGCUCGAGGAAGCGUCGUCUUAACUUAAAAAAGAAAAUUAAUAUCUAAAUUGUAACUUUCGCACAAACAAAGCAAUUACCAACUUGAA